AAAGAAAGAAAGAAAGAAAGAAUUUGAGGAACACAUCAAAGCAAACACAACCGGUGAGGUGUGGGAUCCCCUGAAGUUCUCCCGGCGGCCUGCAGGAGGCGCUGUUGACUGUGAAGUGUAGCAGGGACGCCAUCUUGAGGAGACCCCGAACGCAGCGCUGGCUGGCGGUGAUUGACAACAAUCUCAGGCGCAUCAUGAUGGGAUUACCCACUGUCAAGUGAGACGGUAUCACAUCAGUUACAGCAGUCAAAGAGGAAGGAUAGAAGCAGCCUGGAGAGUUUGUAUCGCUGUAUGUUUAUGUUCCAGUAGAACGAGGCAGCGGUGUUGCCUGAUGGCCGGGUAGCUCCUCUCUGGACUCCGCCGCGGCCUGCUCGGGAGGAGGAAGGGUGGUGACGGCGCAAAAUGCUCCACCGCUGACUCCCAACAAGACACUUAUCCUUCCCACAGACUCGCUGCGAGUUGGACGACGAGCACGAUGCACUUAUAGAUUUUAAACCCUCUUACCUUUCUGAUUUUUGUUGUUGUGUGUGGAGGAGGCUCUGAGCGACAGUGAGUGCCGUCUUGCGGACCCUAAAUUCAGCCUGAGACAUGUCAUCCAACUGCACCAGCGCAGCGCCCAUCAGCGCGAGCAAAACCAAGACAAAAAAGAAGCAUUUUAUAGGACAGAAAGUGAAACUAUUCCGUGCAAGUGAGCCGAUUCUCAGCGUUUUAAUGUGGGGUGUCAACCAUACGGUGAACGAGUUAAGUAACGUGCCUGUACCAGUAAUGCUGAUGCCAGAUGACUUUAAAGCCUACAGUAAGAUCAAAGUGGACAACCAUCUAUUUAACAAAGAAAACCUGCCUAGUCGCUUUAAGUUCAAAGAGUACUGUCCCAUGGUGUUCAGAAACCUGAGGGAGAGGUUCUGCAUCGAUGACCAGGACUACCAGAACUCUCUGACGAGGAGCGCUCCACUCAACAGCGAUACCCAGGGUCGCUUUGGCAACCGCUUCCUGUCCAGCUACGACCACCGCUUUGUAAUCAAAACUGUGUCCAGUGAGGACAUCGCUGAGAUGCACAACAUCCUAAAGAAAUAUCACCAGUUUAUUGUGGAGUGUCAUGGCAACACGCUGCUCCCUCAGUUCCUGGGCAUGUACAGGCUAACGGUGGACGGGGUGGAAACUUACAUGGUGGUGACCCGGAAUGUAUUCAGCCAUCGCCUGACAGUGCACCGCAAAUAUGACCUAAAGGGUUCUACGGUCUCUAGGGAAGCCAGCGACAAGGAGAAGGCUAAAGAACUCCCAACUUUUAAAGACAAUGACUUCUUGAAUGAAGGCCAGAAGCUGCAGAUUGGAGAUGACAACAAGAAGUACUUUUUGGAGAAGCUAAAACGGGACGUAGAGUUCCUGGCCACUCUGAAGAUCAUGGACUACAGCCUCCUGGUGGGCAUCCAUGAUGUAGACCGGGCUGAGCAGGAGGAGAUGGACGUGGAGGGCACAGGAGAGGAGGACGAGUACGAGAACGAUGGGAUGGGCGGUGGCGUGCUCACCGGCUCCUUUGGCACUCCUCCUGACAGCCCCGGAAACCCUCUCAACUGUGGAGGAUUCUUCGGCCCCGGGGAGUUCGACCCCUCUGUGGAUGUUUACGCAAUCAAGAGCCACGACAGUGCUGUGAAGAAGGAGGUGUACUUUAUGGCUAUCAUCGACAUCCUCACGCACUAUGACGCUAAGAAAAAAGCUGCACAUGCUGCCAAAACUGUGAAACACGGGGCGGGAGCCGAGAUCUCGACGGUGAACCCGGAGCAGUACUCCAAACGAUUCUACGAGUUCAUGUCCAACAUCCUAUCAUAGACUCAUCUCCCAUCCUUCAGUCCAGCCUUUAACUUCUGUCAUAGAUCUGUCAAACGCCACGCACUUAUUUCUCUCCUCCCUCACCUCAGCAUAGGUCCAUCUUCCUACCCCCCACCUUUGGCCUCUCCAUCCCCUUUUAAACAAAAACAAAAAAAACUACCAUUGUCCUCCCACAGCCAGCACAAGUCUGGCAGGAGGGAUACAUCAAGCCUGUUACAUUUUACCACACAAACUUCCCUCAUCCACUGAAAGGACAACUCGUGAAACCCCUCACAGAAUUUGGAACAACAUCCUGAUAAUCUCCCUCUUCUUUUUUAAACUUUUCCGGCUCCCGAUCCGCCUCAGCCACCUUGUUACUUCUCACGCCAGCACGGAAACUGUCUCACUAAUGCCUUGAACGAGUGUCAGCUUCAGCAGUUACCAGUUCGUUAGUAGAGUCUCUUCGGUUUCUGUUCAUGUCGUUGUUGUUCUUAUGAUUUCUCUUAGACACAAACACACACACACAAACAGAUGUAAACAACUCACACAGAUGCUGAAUGGUCAGAUUGCAUGACAGACUUUUUGACAGUCGCCUUCAGACUUCUCUCUCUGUAACAACAGAAAAAAGACAAACUUCUGCUGACAAAUUGGAACAACAGGGGAUAACACAUUAAUAUAUAAUGGUGUAUUAAGUAAAUGAAUGCAAUAUCAAAAAUGCAUGGCUGAUGUGUACAUGAGACUCCACCAGUAAGUUGAAACAUCAAACCACUGAACUGAACAUCUGAGUGUUAUGACGAAAACGACAAAAUCCAGAAAAAAAACUUGGUGUUUGAAUGUUACGUUGCCAUAUUGUUUUUGAAUACUUUUGACAUUUUAACCGUGAGCUUGGUGGAGGUUGGUCUAAGAAAAAAAAUUUCACAAAAAGGGGAAUUCUGCAGCAAAUACUUGUUUUAUUACCAUAAGGAUCAUUUUUAUAUCUUGUUUACAUUAAUGUAGCAAUUUUGUGUUUGUAUACAGUAUUGUUUUGUUACCGACAGACAUUAGAAAAAAAGGUUACUUGAAAAUGAUUCAUUGCAUAUUAAAGGGAGUUUUAUCUUGUU